AUGUUAAUUAUUGGUCUUCUCUUUUAUUAUUUUAAUUUAAAUAAAAAAUCAGUCAAUGAUAAAAGUUUAAAUUUCUGGUAUGGAUUGUUAGUACUUAGUAUGUUUGUUGGUUCAUCCAUCUGCAACCAAUGGAUUAGUUCACUCAUUUGUCGACCAGUUGAAAUAUUGUAUGAUAAAAGAUUUUCAUCAAUUCUUGGUGUACAAAUGAUUAGUUUUAUCGCAUGUAUUCAUUUGGCUUAUGGUUUAGGAACUAUUUUUACACCAGUUUUUGAUCAACGUGCAAUCACUUUAUCCAGAUUAGAUAGUUUUACUCCAUUGUUUUCUUCAGUAGAUAAUAUGCCUUGA